AUGCUGCUGCUCUGCAGGUGUGGAAUUUCUAGAGGGGAUUUCCGACAAAGAGCCUUGACAAAGCUGACAGUUACAAGCUCUCUGCUUGGAUGUUCCUUACUUCAGAGUUUACAUAUAAAAGUUGGAGACAAAGCUGAACUUACUAAAGCUUUUACACAGAACGAUGUUGUUACUUUUUCUGAUUUAACAGGUGACACAAACCCUUUGCAUUUAGAUGAAGAUUUUGCAAGGAAGUCUAGGUUUGGGAGAACUAUUGUACAUGGAGUUUUGAUCAAUGGACUUAUUUCUGCAGUUUUGGGUACUAAAAUGCCUGGUCAAGGUUGUGUAUUUCUUUCUCAGGCGAUUCGAUUUCCAGCUCCUUUGUAUAUUGGAGAAGAAGUCAUAGCUGCAGCGGAAGUUAAACGACUGAAGACCUCUGUUGCACACAUCUCAGUAUCAUGUAAAGUCAAAGGAAGUGGAAAGACUGUUAUGGAAGGGAUGGUGAAAGUCAUGGUGUCAGAAAGUUAGAGCUGUUGAUCUUAUGCUACUUCACAGUAAAGGCAAAAAUACA